CACCAGCCCCAACAGUCGAGAAGAAGAGCUAGUAUUGUUAACUUACAAUGAAAUUUCUUUUUGGUCAUAAGAUGAUAAUUUUCCAAAAUAAUAUGGUGAAAAUGUCGCAUUGCAAACAUUGAUAGUUGGCCAAGACGGUGUACUAAUGAAUUCCUGUGCAAAAUGGAUAUGAAAUUGGAACGCAAGUUAUGAAAAACAAAAUAAAUAAAAAAAAUAAAGUGUUAAUAAGACGAAAAAAAAAAAUCGUGUAAUUGGCCUGAGAAAGAAGUGAAGAAAGAAAAAGAGAAAUAAAAACAGACGUAGUUUUUUUUUCGUAUUGUAACUGCCUCUGCUUCAAAGGCAGCAGUUUGGAGUAUACGUGAGUGUGUGCGUGCGGGUUCUAUGAGUUUUUGUUAUUGUUAUUUCGUUUGUCUUCUUUUAUGAACGACAAAAACAACGACGAAGAACGCAGAGAAUAUAGCGAGCGAAGCCAGCGUUUUUUGUAAGGUGUCGUCUCUCCGGAAUUUGAAUUCCACUGAAGUUUGUUUUUUCUUUCUUUGGUUUGGCUAGCCAACCAACCAGCCAGGUGCAGUUAGCCAUCCGCACUUCCAUUUACAGAUAUUAACCACCACCCCACCCAUUUUGCAAAGACAGCAAAAUGGGUGCAAAGGAAUCAAAACAGACUUGCAUUAGUUAUGAGGAUGCAGUCAAAAGAGUCUCUGAAUCGGAGUUAAGGCGCCUGAAAGAAGCCUUCAAGAAAUCAGCUGGAGUUGGACGUUUUUAUCUUAGCCGCAAUGCCUUCCAACAGGAUGUCUUGUUCGAGGGUGUUCCGGCCAAUGUCACAGAUCUUUUGUACACAGCCUGUGGCGGUACGAAUAAGGGCAUAUCUUUCAAAGAUUUGUUAUGUGGUUUGGUUCUAAUAACAAAAGGUACCGAAGAUGAGAAAAUAAGAUUUCUGUGGAAUCUCUAUUGCAACGAUAGCGGUACCUAUAUCCUGAAAUCGGAUUUUACAAAAGCCCUCAACUUAUUGCCCUACGAGAAUGCAUCCUUGUUUGCCCAAACAGAUCGCAUUAAUUUUGAACAGUUUCAAGCGUGGUUACUGAAAAAUCGCACCUCAACGGUCCUAUCCAAAUGGCUGUUAUCCGAUAAUUGUAUUUCCCUAACAUCGGAACUGGAAACACCAACAUUCUAUCAAAGUUUAGCGGGUGUAACACAUUUGGAGGAGAAGGACAUUGUCGACUUGGAAAAGGAGUUUUGGCGUUUAAAAAACUCCUCACCAAAUGGUCAAUUAGAUCGGUUAUUUUUGGCACCCUUACUUAGUCCGCCAAUACCAAAACAUGCGCUACAAGGUCUCUUCAAUGCCUUCGAUGAGAAUCGUGACGGUCACAUUGAUUUCAAGGAAUUAUGCUGUGGUGUCAGUGCAGCUUGUCGUGGACCCGGGGUGGAGAGAACUCGAUUUUGUUUCAAAAUAUUCGAUGUUGAUAGCGAUGGUGUGCUCAGUCAUUCUGAAACGCUGCAAAUGAUAAAUGUUCUGCUGUAUGUGGCCAAAGAGAAUCGUAAUGUUGAUAUGUACAAAGAUAUAACCAAACAAGAAGCUUUACGGGACAUUGUCAAUUUCACCAAUCAAAAGGGUGGUGGAACAGCUGGAGUCAAUGACAAUAAAAUGAUGGAUUCCAAACAGUUGGCCGAUAUGACCAUAACCCUUACCGCUGAGGACUUUAUGAUGUGGAAUGUGGAAAGCAGUUUGAAAUUGUUACAACCCUUUUUGGACUUAAUAUUUGAGGUGUGUCACAUUGUGUUUGGCCUGUGGCCCCAAUGUCGCCAUAUGGAACAUGAUAUUGUUCGAGGUUGGCUGGAUCGUGAGGAGAAACGUAAAUACACAGUUGGACAAUUUUGGUAUUUAAUAUCGCGGGACUGGUGGAUCCAAUGGCUGCAUUAUGUCAACAAUACCACCGUUUCUUGUGAAUAUUGUAAAAACACCACGAACGGCACAUAUCAGAGGACAUCAUUUUCCGGCAUCGAUGAGGCGGUGGUCUGUGAUGAGACGUUCAAUACAAAUUCCCUGGAUUCGGUGGCAGUGUGCGGUGACUUGGGCGGCGCCGUUUCGGCAGAUAAUUGUAGUUUAGGCUCUUCCAGCAGUGGCAUCUCAUCAUGUCGUCAGAUGGGUGCCCGCCCCGGCCCCAUAGAUAAUACCAAUCUUGUUACCCCCAAUCCCUACAAGAAUGUUCGCACCCUUACCGGAGAGGGUGGCCAUUUGAAACGAGACACCCCCUUGGUACAAAAUCAUAAUUUCGAACUGGUUCCCAAAUCAUUGUGGAAGGCUUUGAAUCGAUGGUAUGGUGAUAAUUUACCACUGCCACGGCAGGUCAUACAGCCACCAAAUACGAAUCAGGUUGAGUUGGAGUUAUAUCCUUUAAAUUUGAGGAUAUUGUUACAUCAGAUUGUGCCACAACAACAGCAACAACAAAUGGCCAAUAAUUGGGGAGCCAUGACAAGUAGUUAUGGUGUCAUUGCUUCCGGUGGAGGAUUUGCGGCCAUUUCAUCGCCCAAUGUCCUGCAACAGCCUAAACGUUAUUUGGCCUAUACAGCAGCUUUUAGUCGAUUGGCCACGGUACAAAAAGUGGCGGCCUUCCUCUGUGAACAGUUGCGUUUGCGUUCCGAUGAUAUACGCUUGUGGCACAUUCCCUCGGGUAAUGUGGACAACAGUGCCAUUUUAUUGGAAGAGGAUAGUAUGACGCUAAAAGAGCUAAUGAUAAAGGACAACGAUCAAAUUCUCUUGGAGAUACGCAACAAAGAUCAAACAUGGCCCGAGGAAUUGGGUUCGCUGUGUCAGACACAAUCUGGAGGAUCUUCCAUAAAUGAUCGUCGUUUAACACGCACCUCCAUAAUGUCGCUGCAAUCACCCGGUGCCACAGGUCUACACAAUUUGGGCAAUACCUGUUUUAUGAAUGCCUCACUACAGGUACUCUUCAAUACUCAACCUUUGGCUCAAUAUUUUCGUCAAAAUAUGCAUUUAUUCGAAUUGAAUACCACCAAUAAAUUGGGAACACGUGGAAAUUUGGCCACACGUUAUGGUGAAUUGUUAAAGGAGGUUUGGAGUGCAACAGCACGUUCGGUGGCACCUCUUAAACUUAGAUUUGUUGUCACCAAGUAUGCCCCUCGUUUUGCGGGUGGUGGUCAACAUGAUUCCCAAGAAUUGCUGGAAUGGCUGUUGGAUGCUUUGCAUGAAGAUUUAAAUCGGGUUAUGGAGAAACCAUACAGCGAGCUGAAAGAUUCCAAUGGCAGACCGGACAAAAUUGUUGCCGCCGAGGCAUGGUCUCAACAUCAUGCCCGCAAUCAAUCGAUAAUUAUUGAUCUAUUCUAUGGUCAGCUAAAAUCGAAAGUUAGCUGCAUGUGCUGUGGCCGGGAAUCGGUGCGUUUUGAUCCCUUCAGUUUGCUUAGUUUGCCGCUACCGGUGGAGAACUAUAUUUACUUUGAGGUUUUGGUUAUACUCCUUGAUGGGUCCGUGCCCGUAAAAUACGGCCUGCGUCUCAACUCCGAAUGUAAAUAUUUCGAUUUGAAACGCAAACUGGCUUGUGUGUCAUAUUUAAAUCCCAAUUUCAUGUUAAUCUGUGAAAUAUGGAAUUCCCAAAUACGGCACAUUUUUCCCGACGAGGAGAAAAUCAAACCGACGGCAGCCAAGGAGUUGUAUUGCUAUCAAUUGCCCGAAGAGUGUCAAGAUCGUUCCAGAUCCAGUUCAACUAUGGGUGUAAAUAUUGAAAAGGGCCUAAAGGAUAUACAAAGGAGUUCGGCAGCCAUGUUGACGGCAUAUGAUUCCUUUUCCUCACUAAAUGCAAUAAAUAAUUCCACCGGUAAUGGCGCGACCACCACCGCCACAAACACAAUUUCCAAUAACUCCAAUUUAAAUGGUGGUGAUAGAAUCCUAUAUGCCGAAACAUCAUUUGAGGAAAUGGUUGCUCCUCCUCAAUUGCCAACAUCACCACCACCAGCACCAACGGCCCAACCACAACCUAGUCAGUCGGCAGCAAUAAAUGUUAAGCCCACAUCAAAAUCCUCGGCACUGCAACAACGCUAUCAGAACAAUAGUUUCGAUAAUGUUCCCAUGACCGUUAUCGGUGGCGGCAGUUGUGGCCACGAUGACGGUGAUGAAACCGAAGACGAUGACAUUCAUGUAUCAACGAAGGUAAGGCGGUGCUUUGGAAACAAUAUGUGCAUGCCCCAGACUUUAUUAUGCUUCAAGCACACCUCCAAUGUAAGUCGUAGCCCCGAGAACACUUUCGUCAAUGGAGGCAGUUUGCAAAAAAAUAUUUCCACCUCCAAGCUGUUGCAUGGCACAACCACAGAACCAAACACUUGUUCCUCAUCCUCCAUUGCGACGGCUACACAUUCCGGUGAAAAUUCCAUGGAAAGUUCUACCUGUGAUCCGGCUGUUAUAAAUAAUUCCAAUAAUUCCGAAACACCCAGUUCGGCAGCGCCGGUGAUGUGCGAGGGUGGUUUGCGCCGUUUAAGUGAGUGUCCAUGCCGUUUGAAUAAUACCGCCGACGAGGCAAAUGCCCAACGUUUAAUGGAGUCGGAAAUAAAUCGACAAAAUUUCCUGAAACAGGAAUUGAAUGAUUCCUUUGGUGGUGGUAUGCCAUUGAAUGGCAUGGAUGGUGGUUUGUUUUCCCGCAUGCCAUCGCAGCAUUAUAAAGUCGGAAAAUAUCUAAUGGCCUUGCAUCGUAAAAUCACACGACAGGAUAGCUAUUUUUUGUCACAUCAUAAAACGCGACCCAGUAUCUUUGGAGUGCCUUUGCUGAUACCCAAUCUGGAGGGUGGUACAAACAAGGAUUUGUACUGUGCCGUGUGGCUACAGGUUAGUCGACUGCUGACACCACUGCCCGCCUCGACGGAUCAAGCGAAUCAUGCAGCUGAUUGUGAUGACAGCUUGGGUUAUGAUUUCCCCUUUUCGCUGCGUGCCGUAAAAAGCGAUGGUCUAACAUGCGCCUUAUGUCCCUGGUCAAAUUUUUGCCGUGGCUGUGAAAUACCCUGCAACAAUGAAUAUGUAUUCCAAAGUUCAUUAUUUAAUAAUAGUUUUGAUACAAGUAACACUUCAACUCCAAAAAUGAUGCCAAAAUCUGCAAAUAAUUCCAUGGUCGGUACUUUGGAUAAUCGCAAACCCUUAAAUUCCACAUCAUCAGAUCGUGACUCAUUGCAAUCGCAGCAAUCGAUGAUUUUGAGUCGAAACUAUGAUAAUAAAUACAUAAUUGCCAUCGAUUGGGAUCCAACGGCCCUGCAUUUACGUUAUCAAUGUACAUUGGAGAGGCUUUGGGUAGACCACGAAUCUGUAGAGAUAUGUCGCAAAGAACAAAUCGAACCGGUCGAUCUGAAUCAUUGCCUGCGGGCCUUUACCUCGGAAGAAAAGCUCGAGGAAUGGUAUCACUGUAGCCAUUGCAAAGGCAAAAAACCAGCCACCAAAAAGUUACAAAUCUGGAAAUUGCCACCGAUUUUGAUCAUCCACUUGAAGCGUUUCAACUGUGUCAACAACAAAUGGGUGAAAUCACAAAAGGUGGUACAUUUCCCCUUGGAUGAUUUCGAUCCGACACCCUAUCUGGCGGCGGUGCCACAGGAGACAAUUCUAAGGCACAAGGAACUACUCGAAAUGAAUGAAAUUUCCAAAACCCUAAAUGGUAUUAAUGAAAACAAUGAAGCAAUAACAACAAGUGAUAUUACAAAACUACAACAACAACAGCAACAAAAGGAAGUGAAUGAGGAGAAGGACGAAAAUAAUUUAAGUAAAGCAAAAAGCCAAAAUGAGACCACCAACAAGAUCACUCCCACAGCAAACAUUGCCGCGCUAAAUAAUGGCAACAAUGCUCCUGCUGCUGCAGCUGACACCAAUAACAAACCCCUUAAUGGUCUUACAAGAGAGGCUCAACUAGCGCUUAACGAAAAAGUUAAUAAUAUAUUAAAUCUACAACAACAGCAGCCAGCAGCUGUAGCUGCGACCACAAAUAAAGAACAAAUUCUCGAUGCCUGUUGUAAUAUUAUCGAUAGCAAAUGUUGCCAGGUUAAUGGUGUGGCUGGUGCAACUAAUGCAACGACGACUCUGGCCGAUGACUAUGACGAAGAGGAGGAGGAAUCUUCGGAUAAAAUGCUAGACAAUGCUGCCAUAUUGCGUAAGGCCGGCGAUGAUCGUACAAUGACGCGACGAAAACGUCUAAUUUCGACCAGCCUCACCAAAACGCCCAUUGUUGAUGGGGCCUUUGAAGAUUUCCACCAGCAUAAAUUGAAAAAAGGCGACGAUCCAUUCGAUCCGAAAUAUAAGCUGUAUGCCGUUGUGUCGCAUUCCGGCAUGCUGAACGGUGGCCAUUAUGUCUCCUAUGCCGCCAAUCCAAAUGGCUCCUGGUACUGCUACAAUGACAGUUCGUGCCGUGAAAUAUCCAAUCCACCCAAUAUUGAUCCUAGUUCAGCCUAUUUACUUUUCUACGAACGCAAAGGCCUAGACUAUGAACCGUAUUUGCCAAAUAUUGAGGGCAAGACACUGCCAAGUGGUGUCUUGGGCAACGAAGACAAUGACGAAACGGAAAAUGAUCUGAAGAAAAUGUGUACAAUAUCCUAAAGAAAACAACAAAGAAAGAAUGAGAAAACAAAGAGAAUGAGAAAUAAUAUUGGGAACCACUAUACACACGCCGAGCGUUAAACAAUUAUUGUGAUUAUUAUAUAAUUUCUAGCUAUAUGUACUUUUAUUAUAAUUAUUAUUAUUAUUAUUUUUUGUUUUCUAAAUAUAUAUGUGUAUAUUCUUAUAUUUCGUGAAUGAUGAAAUUGGAAAGGAAACAAGAAAAGGCGUCUGUUUGCUGCUGUUUAUACGUGCGUGUCUGCGUAGUGCGCGUGAUAUUUUUUUUUAAAUAAUAAUUUAGACACAAUAAAAUUCAUACAUAAUUUAUGUCUUAAAUUUAUAUUUUAAACUAAUGUUAUAAAAUAAAUUAUAAUAGUCGAAUUUUAGGUUCUUUAUUUUUUGUUUGUUUUCCCAAACACUCCCUCUUCCUCCUCCUUCCCCCAUUAAGCUUCUGUUCAUGUAUAUGUAUGUUUCCUUUUAAUAAUUUUCCACGUGUGUUUUGAUGAUUAGGUGUUAUAUUUUUGUUUUUCUUUAUGUUAAAAAAAUUGUUUUUUUAUAUAUAUAUAUAUUCAAUAGUGCUACUGCAAUAUUAAAAAAAAUAUUAUUGUUUUGUUAUUUUUCCCCCCAUUUUGUUGUAAAUAUUUGUUUUAAGUCAAGUUCUGAUGAUAAGGAAGACGAAGAAUUGCAAUGCCUGAGAGAGAAAAUAAGAAAGAGAGAAAAAAAUAAGAAAAAGCUUUGAAAAUUUAUUUUGCAAUAUAAAAUUAUACUAA